AUGCCGAACAGCAGGCACACACGGGUCGAGUAUUCACUUACCCCUCGUGCCGAACGGCAGGCACGCACGGGUCGAGUUUUCACUCACCCCUCAUGCCGAACGGCAGGCACGCACGGGUCGAGUAUUCACUCACCCCUCGUGCCGAAUAGCAGUCACGCACGAGUCGAGUAUUCACUUACCCCUCGUGCCGAACGGCAGGCACGCACAGGCGCGCGUGGUCAAGUUUUCACUCACCUCUCAUGCCGAACGGCAGGCGCGCGUGGUCGAGUUUUCACUCACCUUUCGUGCCGAACGGCAGGCGUGCGUGGUCGUGUUUUCACUCACCUCGACUCACCUCUCGUGCCGAACAGCAGGCGAGCAUGGUCGAGUUUUCACUCACCCCUCAUGCCGAACGGCAGGCACACAUGGGUCGAGUAUUCACUUACCCCUCGUGCCGAAUGGCAGGCACGCAUGAGUCGAGUAUUCGCUUACCCCUCGUGCCGAACGGCAGGCGCGCGUGGUCAAGUUUUCACUCACCCCUCAUGCCGAACGGCAGGCACGCACGGGUCGAGUGUAUUCGCUUACCCCUCGUGCCGAUUCCCUUCCAAUCUUGAAACCAACCUCUUGGCUUGGGGACUUGGGGGACUACAUGAUCAUCACCGGCUUAAAAACAACAGACGCUCGUUCCCGAGUCAGAAUGUCGGAGCUCAAGGACAAGCAAGUCCCCAACCAAGAAGUCCCUCCUCGAUCAGAAACUUGGGGGACUACUGUUUGUACCAUAUCUGA